UCAGUCAAACAAACGAACAUGGAUUCUGCAGAUGAUUCUGAUAAUUCUUUUACUUUUAGCAAGAAUGAAUACAACAAACCUGAUAGCAAUACUCUUAAGAACAAUGCGAAUCACUGCAGCAAUAUUGUGCAUAAAUUAUUUAACAGGGAGAUAUAUGGUGGCAUUACCAGGAAGUCUCAUGAGAGAAGUCGUAAAAUAUUUGAGAGGAUUCCCCCUCGUCUGCGGUUCUGCCUCAUUGACAUUGUGCCCAUGGCGUACCUCCGAGAGCAUGUCUUCAUGGGGUUCUCUCAGUGUGGCCAGUUCCUCCUUAGUUUUACGUACAGCUGCAACACGCAGGUGUAUUUUAGGGAAAGCUCCAAGUUUACGUUACAUUUCCUCUCAUGGGUGCCUGGCCGUAUAGUGAAGCCGGUGCACAGCGUGCCGCUGUUCGGAGACGACUGCGUGGACAGCAAGGUCACCAUCUCCAUGGCGCAGUGGAAGCACAACCCAGACGUGCUCGUUGUCUAUGGCAUUGCGGACUCGUGCUCCGAAAGAUCCUACCUCAGUGUUAUCGGUGUACCUCGUUUAGGGUGUAAAAAGUGUGCCGCUUACUCCAGGGACGAAGAUGAUCUGAAUUGGGGCAAGCGGUGUUUGCAGCACAACUUUGCGAUACACACGAAAUUUUUCUGCACGUCCGAUUCGAGCAUGUACGAACCGGUCGUGCAACUAGCUUACUCAAACCAAAUCAUCAUUUACACGGACUUCAUUCACAUACUCGAAGUGGAUUUCGUGAAGCCUGAUGAAAGGAACGAGGGAGACGAAUGUAAAUACUCAUUAGAUAGGGAAGAAACCAAUUCAAUAGAUACGUAUCCGAACACGCCCGCUUCCGCUUCGGAUGUAUCCGCGGCCUUCCAGUCGCCCAAAUAUCAGAACAACGUGGUCCAGAACAUUCUAGAAGAUUUCUCCGAUUUGGAAAUGGAACCUUACCAGAUGUCGCGGCCCGUGCAUUUACCCGAUGUGAUGGGACAAGAGUUGUGUAUUCAGGCGUCGUCGAUAUCGCACAAUCUAGUCGAGGAGUGGGAGGGCCCCUCGCCGUCUAUAAGGACACUCAUCAGUCCGCCUUUGAGGUCGCCACGAAGGCGGCCCGCGGAAAGCAUGUCAAGGUUCAACGAAAUGCAUAGGGUAAUAGCUGAUAAAGCUUACGAAUUUGUAGAAGAGGCGGAGACGAAGUGUGAGAAAUUGAGCAUGUUCAGGAAACGACGGUUAGCUGAUAAGAAGUACGAAUUUUCAGAAGACAACAACGAGAAUAUAGUGCCGUUUAGAGUUUUAAGGAAUAAUAGGAAAAUAUUUAUCGGGAAUACGAGUAAGAAUCCGCCGAGGCGGUCGAAGUCGCCUCCGGUGGAGUGCGUGGUGCUUAGAGCUCACAAUCAGAUCAGUAGGCCUUCUUCCCCUACCACCAGUUCGGGGCAGAAAACCAAUAGUUUAUCUUUAGAAUCGGAUCAUAAUAGUGAAUCGGAGUACAGAGUGAUGGAAAUGCUGGACGACGGCUCUCUCAAAACAGUGUCCGUUCACGACAACACAUCGAAAACGUUGUCAGACUGUCCGGUGAACGAACAAGACCCCUAUUUAGUACACUCAGAGAACUCGAAAUGCAGUAAAUUCUUCACGAGAUACUUUGUGGAGAGUGACGACGAGAUUACCUCAAUCAUAACGGAUUCAGAAGAUGACUGCAUAUCGGGGUACCACGUAGCGCUGCACCUCACGGCCCACGGAGCGGGCUACGCAGCUCUCCAGGCGGUGAGCUCGAGCGCGUGGGAGCGGCUGCAGGCCAGGCACGCCACGCUGCGCGCCCAGCAGCGCUCCCUGGACACCGAGCUGCUGUGCAACGAAGUCUGCGGCAGGCUGUGCAAGAUUAACGGCAAGAAGUUCAUAUACUGCUUCGAUUGGGGUUGCCAUGUUAUCGAUGUUUGCCAGUCCAGCGGGUGCUUGUCGGGGCUGUGCGCCAUGUGGAUGUGGGCGAGCGCGGCGCCGGGCGCGGGCGCGUGCGCCGCGUGCGGCGACGCCGGCGCCGGCUGCCUGCUGCACCGCCGCCAGUACGCCGCCGAGUGCUUGUUCGUUUGGGACCUGGUCAGCGGCGUGUAUAGAACUGAAAGGGUUUCCAUGACUGAAGACGCCAGCCAGGAAGGCACCAGAGUGUCAGGUGCGGAGCGAGCCCGCGAGCUGGCCAAGAGGCUGGGCCCCAUACAUAUGCCGCCCGGCAACGAGAGCCGCCUGCUCACCACGCUCACAGGGCGAUCAUUAAAAAGACUGACAGAUGUGGACAACUGCAUAGAAAUCACAAAGAAUCACCCGGACAGCUCGGAGUCGGAAUCGUCCGCUGAAGAGGAGAGUGAUUCAGAUUGACUGGCUUACUAAGAAAUUACUGGUUUACCAUUUGUGAGGUGGGUAGUGACGUCCUACUUAAGAUAAUGGGAGUAUCGAUAGUUGAUCUCGUUAGGGUUUUAUCGAUAUUCAUGUCGAUAUAAAUUUCCACUAAUGUUUGCAUUAUUAAUAUUGUAUCUCAUAGAAAUCGGAAUAAUACGAAACAAUAGAAAUGCCAUAUUGUAAUUUAUACUAAAGGAUCUUCGUGUCGUUAAAAGCUGUCAAUAAAUCUCCGAAUUGAGGUGCAAUAUGGAGAUACUAUGAUGAUGUCACAGUUUACUUACGAAGUCAAAUUUCGCCAGUACUUACCACUCUCUCAGGCUAAGAUUAUUCCGAAUACUAUGCUAUCUGAUGUGACUUAUCGAUAGGCUUCACAAGUGAAAAAGAUAUUGCUUUUAAAUUUUAUCAUCCUGAUGUAAGUUUCAAUGAUAUAAGCUUUAAUGAAAUGUGCAAUGAGCGAGAUGGAUCGAUAUUUGUCUCUUGUCGAUAGGAGUUAUGUAACACAGUUCUACAUAUCAUUCUUCUCUGUUUCAACGAAUGUUGUGAUUGUUAAUUGAUAGUGAAACUAAAUAACUUUUGAAAUGUAUUCAAAUUAUAAUAAUAAACACAAUCUUAAAGAGUACUGGCAUACAGUAUGGACAAUCCCUAUCCCCCGGUAAAAGUUCCCGCACAUGCCACGUAAAAUAUUCAAAUAUUAAACAAAUAUUCACGAAUAUUUUUGUCAUUGGGCAUUUGUUCUGCUCUAAAACGACAACAUUAAUAGAUCUACAAAUUCAGAAUUAAUGGCAAGUACAUACAUACACACACAGUCAUCACUUGCGGUGUCACAUUUACCAGUGCUUGCCACUUCUAUAGUCUUAUAACUUUCCGAAUUCAAUGUGGAUAUCAAAUGUCUCGCUCACUGUACAGCCUUUGUGGAAUGCCCCACUCUUAUAUCUUCCAAAAAUUAAAAACAAAGCUGCCAAUUACAUAUGUACGUAAAAUUUUCGCGCCCCGUUAUGGAAAAUGUUUUCUAACCCGUUUAUGAUGCAUUUAUAACUGUUCACUUUUAAAUAAUGUGUGAAAAAAUACAACUGUGUCAAAAAUUAUAUAAAUACUUUUAAAAAAUGUACCUAGUGUGACAAUGUUUCUUUACCUUUAGAGUUAAUAUUUGUAUGUACAGUGUAAGUACAUAAAAUAUGUACGUACACUGUACAGUUAGCGACAAAGAAACGUGACACUACCUAUAACAUGUGCAUGAAAACAAAAAGUAUAGCGGGUCAAAUCUGAAAUUUCUGCAGAACUACAAAUAAUUGCGUGAUCUGUAAUAUGCCCGAAGAACAUAAUCCACUAUCUGUACAUUCGGCUAAAGGUCAAAACCGACGGCUGAAACUAAUAUAUCAUUAAAUGGUUGUGUAACUAAUGUACUGAAUUUCUUUGAAUAUAAUUGGCAAAGCAUUUGUAUAUAGUUCUUCUACUACUUGUAUUUCCUUUUAUGAAAAUAACGUUUUUAGUUUUGUAACAACGUCGAACUAGCGAGACUGAUGUAAACAGUUGACCAAUCGGAUUGUUGUUGUGUGUCAUAACGCAGAAUAUUUAAAAAAUACAAGACCUGAAUAUCAGACACUGUCAGACCAUAAUUAAUUAUUUUAAAACAACUUCAAACUCACGAGAUGUAAACAGUGUGACUUGUAAUCUGAUCCAGCCCGUUAUUCACAAAAAAAGGCAUAUGUGAAUAUCUUCUCUCUUUUUUUAACAUUUCAGAUUAUCUAAAAGUUAGAAAAAGAUGGAAGGCAGAGUUAUAGGUAAAGGGACAGUUUGGUUUUUUACCUAUAUAUGUAAAUCACCAACAUGAUUUAAAAUAAAAGGUUUUUUUUUUCAAACUAAUCUCUAUC